AUGGAGGAACUUUUGCUCGCGACGACACGUUCCAAAAUCGUGAGGUUCCACGGAUUCAGCACACCCGCCCUUGCUUUGCUUAUGCUCGUGGAGAAUGUUUCCGGGGAACGGCCUGUCGAUUCUCACACGCAGGGAUCACGAAUACGACGACAGGGAACAUUCGAAAACCUUGCCGAUUUUUCACGCGUGGUCAUUGCAGGCGUGGAGAAGCCUGACUCGACAGAUACACCAAAGGAUGAUGAAUGUAUCGAAGGUUGGGCUCGCGAGUUUGGAGGCGCCUGGGCCAAGUUCGGAGACGGAGCAGCAAUUGUGGACGUCUCACUCCCUUCAGACUUUUCCGCCAUUGAAAUACGCAAUCUUCCAAUCAGUGCCUCAGCAAACUCAGUCAGAAACUUGCUUUCUGACGUUGGUAUCACGGUAUCAAUGAGCGAUAUACGAUAUAUAAAAACUCAAGUCAUGUCAAAUGGGGUUGCAAUUGUCAAAGUUAAAGACCCGGCCUUUGCAACGACCGCGUGUUCGCGACUACAGACGUGUAUUGAACCCCCAGACUUGGUAGUCAACUCGAUACGCGUUCCAGUCCCUGCAGGAUUCCAAUUUGGCCAGGUUGACAAUAGGCAAGUUCGUUGUUCAUGGCAUCGGCCCACUAGAACAUCCUCUUUACACUUUCCAAACAAGAAAGUUGCAAGCAGAUCAUUCUACAAGUUGAAAAGCCAAAAGUAUCAAGUUAGCGGCAUGAAUGUCACGGCACAGUUACUUGUUGCAGAGGAUCCCACUCAGCAAAAUGGGAGAUGGAAGUUCGAUUUGAUCGGACUGCGUGCUAUCACUACGGCGCACGAUAUCGCUUCCGUCUUUCCUUCAUCUGAAAAACCUUGUCUUAUUGCUAUGGGAGAUCCAAAUUACGACAUGGAUAUAGAACUGGAUUCGAUUUUAGUCAAGUCAAUGCUGUACGAGAAGGGCGAGUUAGAAAGAUGGAGCGUUUCCGACAAUUCUACCGCAAAACGGAUCAAAGCCCAUGCCACGUUUGUUGACAAAUCCCAUGCACAAGUUGCCGCCUCCUCACUGAAUCAAACAGAGUUACCAUUCAACAGCACGGGAAAGCUUUUUGUCCAACUCAUUACUUCCGUCAAAUUCAAGGUUUCAGUCCGCGUUUACAAUAGCGUGAAAAAGUCAAUUGAUGCACACAAAUCACAGUGGAGUCGCCAGUUCAUACAUUAUUCCGCCCUACCUGAGCGUGGAUUUAACCGAAUUCUGAAGAUCGAGGGUGAGGAUCGUCAGCUAGUCGCCCAAGCCAAGAGAACUUUAGAGAACAUCAUUACUGGCACUGUGAUGACGAUGGAUGGGAAGAACAUUUGGUAUUCCAACCUCAAGAUCAGUAAGAAUGCCUACAGGAAGCUUCAGAAGAUCGAGCAAGACCUCGAAGUUGUUAUCAUUCGCGAUAUACGAGCCUCAAACUUCCGGGCCUUUGGCCCUGAGGAUCGUUUGGCACAAGCUGCUGACGCCUUACAGCAACUUGUUAACGAAUUGAAAGCAGGCGACCACGCCAUGAAGAAAGCAGCUGUGCCGGUCAAAACAAAGAAUCUUGGGACAGAUUGCUCCGUCUGCUUUGGUGAAGCCGAAGAAUCACUGGAGACGUCCUGUGGCCACAUCUACUGUAACAUUUGCUUUGUCAACAUGUGUCAAUCAGGAGAAUUAAGGUCGGGUGAUUUCUCAAUCAGAUGUGUGGGGGACAGUGAUAAUUGCAAAAAGAUCCUUCCAAUUUCAGAGAUACAGACACUUCUUCUCUCUGAAACAUUGGAGAACAUCCUUGAUGCGUCUUUUGCCUCAUUCAUACGAAGUCACCCAACUGAAUUCCGGUAUUGCCCUACGCCUGACUGCGAUCAAGUCUACCGAGUUUCUUCCCCCGAGAAGAUUCCGUUCAUGUUUACAUGUGCGCGAUGCUUUACUCCUACUUGUACAGCCUGUCACGCUUCACACCCGGGAAUAUCCUGUUCAGAGAAUAAAGGCAACGGUUCAGAUGAUAUCGAAAAGCUCAUCAAAGCUAAGAAGGAUAUGGGCGUGAAAGAUUGCCCCAAAUGCACUACAGCUAUCCAGAAAUCUGAGGGUUGCAAUCAUAUGACUUGUCAAGCUUGCCGAACGCAUAUCUGCUGGGUGUGCAUGGCGACGUUCGCACAAGACUCCGAUUGCUACGCGCACAUGAGACGACUUCAUGGUGGCAUAAUGUAA